AUGUCGUACGACCGCUACAUUGCCAUCUGCAAACCCCUGCACUACGGGACCCUCCUGGGCAGCAGAGCUUGUGUCCACAUGGCAGCAGCUGCCUGGGCCACUGGGUUUCUCAGUGCUCUGCUGCACACGGCCAAUACAUUUUCACUGCCCCUGUGCAAGGGCAAUGCCCUGGGCCAGUUCUUCUGUGAAAUCCCCCAGAUCCUCAAGCUCUCCUGCUCACACUCCUACCUCAGAGAACUUGGGCUUCUUGUGGUCAGUGCCUGUUUAGGUUUUAUUUGUUUUGUGUUCAUUGUGGUGUCCUAUGUGCAGAUCUUGAGGGCCGUGCUGAGGAUCCCCUCUGAGCAGGGACGGCACAAAGCCUUUUCCACCUGCCUCCCUCACCUGGCUGUGGUCUCCCUGUUCCUCAGCACUGUCAUGUUUGCCUACCUGAAGCCCCCCUCCAUCUCCUCCCCAUCCCUGGACCUGCUGGUGUCUGUUCUGUACUCGGUGGUGCCUCCAAUGAGGGGGUUCACUGCUGGAGGCACCACCGAGUACAGAACAGACACCACCAGAUCCAGGGAUGGGGAGGACAUGGAGGGGGGCUUCAGGUUGGCAAACAAGGCAGUGCUGAGGAACAGGGAGACCACGGCCAGGUGA